AAUAUUUCUCUUUUAAAAGGGGCCUGUGAGUUGCAGAAUGGAGAAGCAGUUAAGUUCUGUGACUGUAGAUGAUGCAGUCUGUUACCAGUUAUUCCUAAUACAUGAAUCAGAAGACCUAGAACAUCGUCAAGGCAUUCUCCAGCAAUAUAUUGAAAGAAUACUAGCACAUUUUGCCCCCAUCCUGGUUUGCUAUAUUUGGCAAAAUGAACCAUUUAAUUUAAAGUACAAACCUGCAAAAGGAAAUAUUCCUGCUCAUAUUGCUGGUCUUACAAAGUUUGGUGAUAAUAUUGAAGAUGAAUGGUUUAUCGUUUACCUCAUAAAAGAAAUUACAAAAGAAUUUCCAGAAUUAUUAGCUAGAGUGGAUGAUAAUGAUGGUGAAUUCCUUCUGAUAGAAGCAGCUGAUUAUCUUCCAAAGUGGUUGAAUCCUGAAAAUAGCAUCAAUCGGGUAUUCUUUCAUAGUGGAGAAUUAUGCAUAAUUCCAUUACCAAAGACUCCUGAAGAGAAGGGAUUACUGCCUGCUAUAAAUCCUACAAUUCCCCAAGUGCUGAAAUUAUUUUCUACCCAUUCUGGGCAUUUUGUGGCUUCAAAAUCUAUUAAAGCAGCUGUAUAUAAACGCAUCAAUGGGUAUCCUGAGAAGAUCCAGACCUUUCUUCAUCGAGCUCGCUGUUACCUUCCAGCAGGCAUUGCGGUAGUUCUGAAGCAACGUCCUGCGUUAGUGGCAGCGGCAGUCCAAGCUUUUUACCUUCGAGAUCCCAUUGACUUAAAAGCAUGCCGCAUUUUCAAAAUCUUCCCCCCUGAGACAUGUGUGAUGACAUCAGUUACUUUUACAAAGUGUCUAUAUGCGCAGCUGAUUCAACAGGCAUUUGUACCAGACAAACGGAGUGGCUAUUUGUUGCCUCCUCGUUCACAUCUUCAGUUCAAAGCAUAUGAACUAGGCAUGAAACUGGCUCAUGGUUUUGAAAUUUUAUGCUCAAAGUGUAGUUCAGCUUCUCCUGAUUCCAAGAAACAAAUGUUGAAUGUUCCAUUAUGGGAUAGCUUUCUCAGUGCCCUCCAGAAGAACAAUUAUUUUAAGGGUGAAAUAGAAGGUUCUGCUCAGUAUCUUCAUCAGUUGCAAAUGGCAGAAAACUAUUUUCUACAGACUGUAGCCAACCCAGAAAGUUCAGCUGCUGUUAGCCCAGGAGAAGAAAUUCAGAAAAUAUUAAAAACAAAUUCCUUUAAUUUGGAGGAUUUGAGAAAAAACUCAAACAUUCUACCUCCAGAGGAUGAUGACAGUUGGCUGGAGAUUUCUCCAGAUGCUCUGGAUCAGAUUCUUAAGGAGACAUCUGGCAUGAACAAAUCAUCUGCUGCUCCAGAGGAAAACCAGAACUAUGACUUGACUGAGGUUGCUGAAAGCAUGAAGGCUUUUAUAUCCAAAGUCUCAACGUACAAAGGAGCAGAAAUGCCACGGUCUUCUGCUGAUGCCCCUGUCAGUUUUGAUGUUGACUCAUUCACAGACGCUUUGGAUAAAAUACUGGGGCCAAAUUCAGAAGAGCUUGACUCUGAUGACUUAGAAGAAGAAGAAGAAGAAUUUGACUUCUUAGACAGCGAUGAAGAAUCUGCUUUAAAAGCUGGUACUCAAGGAGAUACAGCAUCUUGGAAUGAAACAGCUGGAGGUCUCCAAUCAUACAUGAAAGAAAUGGAUCAUGAAUUAGCGUCCACCACUAUUGGCAAAAGCUUUACCAAUCAGAAGAAAGGGGCGAGAUCCGGUAAAGUAUUUUCACAUGAAGACCCUAACAUAGAUUUGGAAGGCCAUCUGAGUAAAGAAGACCCUGAUGCAACACCUGUGGACAUUGACUUGAACCUUGUAACUAACUUGCUGGACUCCUAUAAUGCACAAGCUGGACUACCAGGACCCGUUUCUAACAUUCUGCAGAGCAUGGGAGUACAUUUGCCAGAAAAUGCAGACCACAAACCUCACUAGCGGUUCAUUGAUGCAAUAAACUGGUUCCCUAGUUUAAAGGAUACGUUGCUAAGUAAAAGCAUUAUUCUAAAAGAAACCGUUUUUUAAUUAAGUUCUCAGAAGAUGCAUCAUGCAGGCAGAUUUAAAUCAAUGGGAGUAUCAUCAUCAGCUACUUAACCACUCGCGGAAUCUUUUCUAAAACAAAAAAUAAUUGCAAAGUGCUGACAAAAUGGACUGCAAAUAUUUUUGUAAGACGUUUUAUAUUCUUUAAAAUACUUGGAAUUUUCUUGCAAAUAUCUUGGAACUUCUUUUAAAAAAACAGAAGAAACUUUGUCUACACUGUUUAAUAAACAUUACACAACUUUC